AUGCAUUGGACAACUCCUGCCGUCCUGAUCGGUCUCCUGGCCGCAGUCGGUACCUCGGUCCCUCUCUUCUCGCUCUCAGCUCCAUCUCAACAGCCCUUUUCCCGCAUCAAUCGCCAUUGUCCGAACAAACCACAACCCGAUUGUGGGAUUACUUACCUUCCACCGAGCGAACACCAAACUUCGGGUGUGGACUUGAACGGUCAAAUGCAGGACAUCAUUGACAGCGAAAUGGGGUACCGCUACUACCCCGAGAGGUACCGAGUGGCUCUCAUGGAAGACCUAUGCAAACCCAAGCUAGGAUUCCGCAACUUGGUCUGCAACGUGACGAUUCUCGAAGACCCGACCAUCGAGAUCAUCCCUGCCCAACCCAUCUCCCAAAGCAUCUUUUGCUCCACUCCAACCUGCAGAGUCAGUUACUCUGUGACCCAGACUGUCUCUACCACGCAUAGCACCAGUAUUGGGUUCUCUGGUUCUGCGGGUGCCACGCCAUUCGGGGUCGGGAUGCAGUUCACGGCGACGACGGGAUACGCGUUCAGUUCAACGACCGAGAAGGCGACCGAGUUGGGCUAUGAAUUCCAGAUCAAUAGGGGUGAGUCUGGGUAUGUUGCUAUUGUAGGUGUGCAGGUGUCGGCCAGGGCACGGUUUGAGAGCUGUCCGUGUGAGGUACAUGGGGAUGGAAGGGUAGACUGGAAGUGCAAGAUCAAGUGUAGGUCAGAAGAAAAGUGGACGAGGAAGGAAGGCUACCACGAGUCGAUCAUCAAGCAGAAUGGCGGAGUUAAGGGCAUUGUCUCCUUCAUCUACACUUAA